AUGAAAAUCGGGAUCCCAACAAUGUCCCUCGGCCGUCCUGGUCUUCACAGCCUCGAUGACAAACUCCACCAGGCCGCGCAAUACGGCUUCGAAGGCAUCGAGCUCUUCAUGGACGACCUGGACCAUCUCGCCAACACCCAGUUCCACGGCUCCUCGCAACAAGCCGCCCAGCACAUCUCCCACGUAUGCACGUCGCUAAACCUCACCGUGAUCUGCAUCCAGCCGUUUGGCUUCUACGAGGGUCUGCUGGACCGCACGCAAACCGCGCACCUGCUCACGCACAAGCUCCCGCGCUGGUUCGAGCUCGCGCGAAUCCUGAAUACAGACCUCAUCCAGAUCCCCGCCAACUUCCUCCCCGCGGACCCGGCGACGGGCGCGCCCCGCACAUCCGCCGACUUCGACCUGAUUGUCGCCGACCUGGCAGCCAUCGCGGACCUCGGCGCCGCGCAGGCCCCGCCCUUCCGCUUCGUCUACGAGGCCCUCUGCUGGUCCAGCCACAUCGAUACCUGGGAAGCCGCCUGGAGGGUCGUCCGGGCCGUCGACCGCGACAACUUCGGCCUGUGUCUGGACACGUUCAACCUCGCCGGCAGGGUGUAUGCGGACCCGGCCGCGGCGUCGGGCGAAACUCCGAACGCCGCGGCCGAGCUCGACGCCUCGUUGGCGCGCUUCCGCCACGCCGCCGCGUCGGGCGACCUGGACCGCACGAAAAUCUUCUACAUCCAGCUCGUCGAUGGGGAGCGGCUCGCGGCGCCGCUGGACGACAAGCAUCCGUUCUAUGUGGCCGGGCAGCCCGCGCGCAUGAACUGGUCGCGCAACGCGCGGCUGUUCCCGUGCGAAGAGGACCGCGGCGGGUAUUUGCCCGUUUUGAAGGUCGCCCGGGAGUUCUUCGAUCUAGGCUUUGAGGGGUGGGUGUCGCUGGAGCUGUUCUCGAGGACUUGCGCCGAUCCCGACCCCAUCACGCCCGCGUUGCAUGCCCAGCGGGGGAUGGAGUCCUGGAGGAAGGUCGUCCAGGCCUUGGAGUUGGAUGUCGAGGUGCCUACGCCUCUUGCGGGGGAGAGGACCAUGCAGCUGCCUGUGGACACAGAUGGUGCUGUGGUGCACCAUCGCUUGUAA